AUGAGCGGAGGAGGUGGAUCUGCAAAAACUGAAAAAUUAACUGCGGCAGAGGAAUUGUCUGCCGUGUCUCUGGCCGCCCGGGCGGAGACGAAGGAUUAUGAUUCGACCGAGCAGAUGAUGAUGACAGCAACGGGCACAGAAAAACCUUCGAUUUCUGCCGAAAAUUGUGAAAGCAGCGAAGAGCACGAGAAUGAAGAUAUCUUCAGUAACGUACCAUCGCCAAGAACGGCGAAAAACCACCGCCAGACACGUCGUGGAGGUGCGCGAAAGGACCAGCAGCUGCGAGACAAAGACAACGGUCCUAGUAGUACACCGACGAGCAAUGUUAUGAACUGCAAAAGUAUCGUACUCGUAUAAAUGCAUUACAAAUUAUUUUCUCAGCAUGAGAAAUAAAAUUUGUAAUGCUGAUUUGCCUUGACAAUGAAAUUUGUAAUGCAAGACCAGCAUUUAUACGAGUACGAUACUUUUGCACAGGAUAAAUGUCUCCAUGAAACAAAAGCUCGCCGACCUGACCCCUUCGGACCGGGAGAUAUCAAAUGUAAAAAUGUCUGGGUCUGGAAGAAUCCAACUUGUCAUGCUGAUUUUGGAUUCUAAAAAAAUCUGUAUUGCAUGAGCAGCACAGAGAGUCCAAAUUUUGCAACACGGAAAGAGCAUUUGUCAUGCGGAAUAGGCAUCAGGAAGCCCUCUAAAAAUCUGUGAUGCUAGGGCAUGCAUCACAGACUUGAGGAGUCAUGCAAAAUGUGCAUGACAAACCCGGCAAUCUUCCAGACCCAGACAUUUUUACAGUUGAUAGGAGAAGCGGGAGAACCAAGUGAAGAAGUACGUGAAAUUUCUCGCGGCAACCAAGUACGAAGCCGGCACGCCCUUCCGAGAGAACCACAUCCAGAGCUGCUUGCGGACGCAUUUUGGCAUCGAGAAAUGGCGAGAGACGAAAGACUUAUUGGGGAAGAAACUGGAGGCGUUUCUGACGCACGAUUGCGAUUCCCCGAACCCGUUCUCGGGGAAGGAAUUUGAUGGGGACGAGGGGGAGCUUUCUCAUAUCAAAAGGAAAAAUCUCCCCACCCCAUAUCAAAAAGAAGUUUCUGAUGCUGGAUUUCAGUACACAAAUCACAUUUGUCUUGCAGUAGAGGAAACUGCAGGUAUAUGCCAAGCUUGAGCCGCGAUGUUUUGGCGUAGGCUCCUAGCGUGAAAAACGUCGAUAGUGUAGGCCCAACAGCAUCACAAACCGCCUGCAUAGUGCGGCGGAUCCUCUGGAUUUGCCUGCGUGCAAGACAGACAGGAUUUGUGGGCACAAAUCCGCAUCACAGAUUUUCAGACGGAUGCGUUUUCAAUGUGGGGAGGAGGGAUUUUUCCUCACAAUAUCUCACGAUGGAUCUUCUGUUGAACAAGGGACGACAGGAGCAGGUCUUGCUGCUUCAUCUGGUGCGGAUUUUAACAGUGGUAGUUCAUCUUCAAAUCCUAUAUCAAAUGCAAAUAUGUCUGGGUCUGGAAGCCUGUGAUGCUGGGUGGCGUCUCAUGAUGAGGCUACAAAUGCUGGCUCAGCAUGACAAGUUUCUGAGCUCCUAGGUGUUGCCUAUUCUGCAUGACAAACUGCGCUUCUGCAGUUAGGAAGUGGAUCGGGUAUCCACCUAGGGGUAUUGGCAGAGGCUACAUCUGUUCUAACGCCCAGGUAUUGGCAGAGGCUAGAUCUGUUCUAACGCCAACCCGCCAGGAGUCAAAUGGUCACUACUACUACUGCAUCACAGAAAAGCGGAGCUCUUGGGUAACGUGCAUGACAGAUUUAACAGUCAUGCCGGACAAGCAUGACAAACAUGAAUUCUUCCAGACCCAGACAUUUUUACAUUUGAUAUCCUAAUCCAUUAAACAAUUCCCAGUACAUGGUACAAUCCCGAAAAGCGUUGAUCGAACAGCUGAAGAUAUCCAAGACAAAAGAACUGUGUAAAUUGGAAGUUUGUGAUGCAAAAAAUGCAAAAAUACCGUUUUUACGCCUGUCAUGCGUGAAGUGCGUCAUAGCCACGUUUCAUACGUGUUUUCAUGCGCGUAGCUAUGCAUGACAGCUUUUUUCUGUAAAAAAUGCAAAGCGAAUUAUUUGUGAUGCUGCCUUUCCUAUACCGUUACACGUACACACUUUUUGUUUUUUUCUUGGAUAGAGGAGACAGGCGAAGUCCGACCGAGAAAUCCAAGCCAAGAAGUUGGAAGCGCGGCUGAACACGACCACGACCAACGGCGCAGGGGUAUUAAUGUCAGCAACAGGAACUACAGCAGGCACAGGCAGUAAAUCAACUGCAAACUUGACGACAAGUAGUCUCCAAUCCGCCCCUGUCAUCGCCUCUGCGGAAGACGUGGAAGCGGUUUUUUCCACCGGCCCAUCUGCUGCCGCGAAAGCACGCAUGCUGCGGACUCGCAGGCACGCGUUGCUGAGUCAGGGGUCCUUUUUGUCGAGGGAGGUUUUCGCAGAUCCGGUGAGCGGGAGGGUGCUAAGUGCGAGAACUUCUAACGCAUCUUCGCAGGAUCUUCAUGGCAACACAGAUCCGGUAGCAACCACAAUUAGGCAUUUGGUUCGGGCGCGAAUACGGAGGAUAGUCGAGCGGUAUGGCGGAGUUGGGAACUUUGCCCGGAUGCAUAGAACAAGCGGCAUUGUUGCUAAGUGCUCAUUCAACACCGCAACGGGUACUAGUGCUCCUGCGCAUCUUCGACAACAUAACUUUACUCCAGCAGAUGCCACUGAGGGUGGCAUUGAUAGUGAGAAGCACAAAGACGGGGCAGUUGCACCAAAUUAUUGGGGACAUAAGUCAUCUUCAUCAAGAACACAGAUGAACAGGAGCGGAAUAAGAUUCUGCUCGAAGAAAAAAGCAGAGCAGCGGUAUAAGAAAUUGGGAAUGUUGGGCGGCGCUGAUGUAGUUUCUGAUCGGGUGACCAGGUCGUCUGGGAAGAACAAACAAAUUGCAGCAAGCGCCAGCGACGGCAGGCCUGUGAAUGAGACGAGACCUGUGGGGCGAGGAGCGGAAGAGGAUGCCGUGUGGUCACCAAGUAGAGCAGGCACUGCAUCUGUAGUUGCACCCUCUGUGCCUGAACACGUGAUCAUCAUUCCGGAAGAGGAACAGUUGCGGUAUUGCCGGGAUUUCGAUGGAACGGAGGUCGUGCUACUGCCGGAUACAAAACGAGGUGCUGUUCCUGGUGGUCGUCCAAACCCUGCCUCGCAGAGUGGAGAACCGCAAGAUGAUGGUGCAACUGGCUAUUCUGACGGUUCACUUCUCUCAUUGCACUUGCAAGAAUCACGACGUCUGUGCGGAGAUUCUAUGCUACGGGUAGCAAAUUUGCGACGCAAGUUUGGCGAUUGUAAAGUUGUGUUUGAGGAAGAGGAGGAGAAGCGAAUGCGGGGACCGGGGUUGGUCAGUAUGUGACGAUUGGUCGAAGCAGAAGCACUGAACAAGACAGAAGGAAAUUCUUUCCGACGGAACGCGAGACACACGAUAUGAAGAACUGAUGAAACAUGCUCAGAUACAGUUGAUACCAAAAGACAUCAUUAAGCUUACGCUCUUAAUACCCGGCCAGGCGGCGUCCUUCUAUACUCGCUGGCCCCGCGACCAUGAUCUUUGAACGGAGUCAGCCGCAGCUCCGAGG